UUGCUUCGCUGUUAUGCCGCCGCGGGUUGGUUGCCGUUGAUCCAUUCCCCCCUUCUUCUCCUCUCGCUUCCUUUUCGGCUUCUUGGAGCGAGCGAGCGAGCGAGAGAGAGAGAGAGAGACCCACCUCACCUUCUCCUCCUGUCCUCUUCCUCACCCUGGUCCCGCUCAAGCUGAGCCUUUCCCAGUGCAAGAUUCAAUCUGCUGCUGCUGUUCUUGAGAUUUGCCCGGCUCGGAUUUCUUGCGUGCAGUUUCUUUGUUGAUCUGGUUGGUUCAGAUUGAUUUGCUGCAAGUGCAAACCUGUUCUUGGGGGGGUUUGAUUUGAUGUGGUGUGUUCUUGGCUCCGAUUCGGCCGCGGCUCCCGGUGAAGAAAUCCCCAAGUUUGAUGAGGCUCUCGCACUGUGAGAGCUACUGCGGCCCUCCCCUGUGCUACAUCCCCUGCCUCCCCAAAUCCAAAGAUGCAGCCGGCGACGCCGCCCACAAAUCCAAGGAUGCAGCCGCCGCCGACGCUGUCCCGGUGGCCGCCGCGGAGGACAAGCCGCCGCCGGUUCAGAAGAUUGAGGCGGCGGUAGCGGAGAAGGACGGUGACGACAGCAAGGAGGUCGACGGCGACGAGGAGGAGGAGGAGGAUGAUGAUGAUGUGAAGACGGCGGUGGCGGUGGCGGCGCCGCCUCCGGCUCCGCUGAAGAGUAACCUGAAGAAGGCCGACUGCGCCGACAGCAAGUGCGCCGAGAAAGGCAAUGUGAAGUGGCUGGAUUUGCUGGGGAAGGAUCUCACCGAGGUCAAGGAAUUCGAGCCAAGUGAAUCAGGAGAUUCCAUGGAUGAAGAUGACAUCGCGGAAUGCGUUUGCGCUAUCCAAUGAUCCAGAAGGGUUUCCUCCCCAACGUUGCUGUAAAUUGUAAAAUGGGAGUUUCGCACGUAAUCAUCGAUCUUUCUUUCCUCUCACUGGAGGGUCAGGUUGUUUUGUUGACCCCCUUCAUGAGUUCCACUGAAGCUCCCCAGCAUCCGGUGCUCAGUUCCAUCAGUACAUGCCGCCGCCAUAGCUGCCUAGCUGUAGAUGUUUCUGCCUUGUGUUGAUCAGAUUAUGUGUUGUUUGGGGUUGGUAUUGGUUGCUGAGGAGUGAUACAUUUUUCACAAUGCCUGGUGGUGUAGCCAAGAUUAUUGCUUCUGUAAAGUUUACAAUAUAAAGUUAUUGAGAGUGGAAACAGAUCCUGCCAUCCUGUGCCCACUUUGACAAAAAAGCAUAUGUAAAGCUUAUUGAUUUGAAGCUGUCAACUGAAAAAGUAAGAGAACUUGGUUGGUGUUAGUAUCAUGGACGCUGAGUUCUGACAAAUUGUAUGUAUUAUCAUUUUGUUCAUUACUUCUCAUGAUGGUGUCCAAGCAAA